CCCCGAAGGCGUUGGUGGUUGGUGUCCGUCCGAAGAUGCGUUGCACUCCGGCAGCAUCAGUACCAGCUCCGCGGCGCCACUAAACCGAGGAAAUAACCGGAGCGACGGUUGGCAGAAAAACCCAACGGGCGGUGUUCGUGGCUCGAGCGGCGCCGGUUGCUUCGGAGAUGGGGGACCAGAAGGAAUCUCUGCGUAAGAUCACGCACACGCUGGCCAUGAAGAACGAGGAGAUCUCAAACUUCGUCUGCACGGUCAAACAGAGCCUCAGCAACUUAGAGGCGAACACCAACAAAGUCCAGGAGGACCUGGAGUCCGAGUUCACCUCCCUCCACUCGGUCCUGGACGAGAUGAAGGAAAGCAUGGUGACGCGCAUCAAACAGGAGAGAGCCAGCCGCACAUACGACCUUCAGAGUCAGCUGAGUGCCGGCUCCAAAGCCCUGGAGAGUUCGGAGGAGCUGCUGGAACUGGCCAACCAGACGCUCUGCUCCUCCGAGACCGACGGGUUCAAUCAGCGUGACAAUGGCUCCGGCCUUUCGCCUCUCCCUGAAGGCGAAAGCCAGCGACAACAUGAGUCACUUGAUGGUGGAUUUCAGCCAGGAGAGGGAGGUGUUGCAGGGCCUCAAGUUCCUCCCAGGUCUGCGCCACUUUUAUUUCAAGCGAAACACGGAUACCCUGACGACAGCGUUCCUGCCACUCCUGAGAUCCAGGUGUGCGAGUCCCAGGUGUGCGACAACACGGUGACCGUGGUCUGGACCUUACCGGAGCCCGACAGCAAGAUAGACCACUACAUCCUGGAGCACCGCCGCACCAACCACGAGGGCCCGCCGCGCAUCAGAGAGGACUACCCCUGGAUGGUGGUGGAGGGGAUACGGGAGCUGGAGCACACACUCACCGGUCUUCGCUUUGACACCCGGUACAUCACGUUCAGGGUGAAAGCGUGUAACAAGGCCGUGGCGGGAGAGUUCUCCGAGCCGGUCACGCUAGAAACCCACGCCUUCACCUUCAAACUGGACGCUGCUUCGUCCCACCAGAACCUGAAGGUGGAGGACCUGAGCGUGGAGUGGGACAGCUGCGGAGGAAAGAUACAGGACAUCCGCAAAGAAAAGACGAGAACCAACUCCCCGAUGCACUCCCCGGCCAGGUCGGCCCUGAUGUCUCCGAAGAGGGCGCCGAGCGUCCGGCCCGGCAGAGACAGGUUUACAGCCGAGUCCUACACGGUGCUGGCCGACACGAUGAUCGACGCCGGCCAGCAGUACUGGGAGGUGCGGUUCGACAAGGAGAGCAAGGCCUUCGCGGUGGGCGUGGCCCUGCGGAGCCUGGGGCGAUUCGACCAGCUGGGGAAGAGCGGCGCCUCCUGGUGCAUCCACCUGAACAACUGGCUGCAGCAGAGCCUCACGGCGAAGCACAACAACAAGGCUCGAGCGCUGGACUGCGCCAUCCCGGACCGCAUCGGGGUCUACGUCCACUACGACGAAGGUGUCCUGUCUUUCUACAACUCCAAAACUAAACAGCUGAUGCACACCUUCAAAACCAAGUUCCAGCAGCCGGUUAUACCGGCGUUCAUGGUGUGGAACGGUAGUUUCUCCGUAGUGACGGGCCUGCAGGUUCCCAGCGCCGUGCAGAGCGGCCAGAGGAAGAACAGCGGCACCAGCAGCUCCAACGCCAGCCUCACUUAGCGCCGGCCGGAGGGCCACAUCCACCGCCACCGCCUCUUCUCCGGCUGCAGUCCAAGCCAUAUCAUGUCAAAGAGUUACAUCACUGGAGUAUUUUUUUGGGGGGUGGAACGAGUGAGUCAUCUGACAUUAGCUGAUAGUCUCACUAGUCCUUUCCUCUCACGUCAUUUAAGCACUGUCCCUCUGCUGCUAGAGCAAAGACUUAGCGCUGGCCGCUUCCUUACCUUUCCUUUCCUUCCUUCCUUCCUUCCUUCCUUCCUUCCUUCCUUCCUUCCUUCCUUCCUCGCCAUCACCAACGCUGUCACUCGUAGCUGCAGGCUCGGUGUGGAGGCCGGUCCUGUCCCCGCUCUCUCCUGUGCCUUCCUUCUCCCUGAGCACCAACUUCCUAUGACGCACACGUCUGUGAUGCAUUAUGAACGUGCUUAUAACGCGUUAUAAUC